AUGGCCAAACGAAAGAGUCAACGAAAGCCGAUUGUGCGCAAACUGAUUGAGCCGUUUGCCACGGAGUUUGACUGUCCAUACUGUGGUCGGGCCAAGUCGUGUCACGUGAAUUUGGACAGGAGUUGCAAUACGGGUCGUAUUGAGUGCCAGAAGUGUUUCAUAUGGUUUCAGAUGACCACCACUUAUCUCACGGCACCCAUCGAUGUCUACAUGGAAUGGAUGGACGCCUUCGAGGAAUCCGAAGGCUAUUUGGAGUAG